AAACAGGCCUAAUAAUGAUGAUGGUGAUGAUGACGACGAUGAAAUGAUGAUGAUUAUGGUGAUUAAAAACCCCUUUUAAUUUUUAUCCAAUCUGAAUUAAACUAGAUAUUUAAAAUUAUAAAAAAUGAAAGAAAUUUCAAUGAAUAAAUAUACCAGUAGGCAAUUGAUAUAUAGGAACAAAAAAAAUGAAAGGGGGGUACAUUUGUAUGUGUACCAUCCACCCUAUAUAUGUGUGUAUGAAUGUAUAUAUGGAAUAAAAAUGUUUUCGAUAUGCUGACAGAAGCACAAAUCAAAUGAUUACAGUUUUUUUUUCUUGUAAGGAAUAAAUAAUAACAAAAUACUUUUACUUUCGAUUAUAUAUCUAUAUAUACAUCACUGCAAAACCUUAUUAAGUUACCACUUGGACGAUUGACAAGAUAUGUAUGGGUAACUAUACUCAUUGUUUCAAUUUUGAUCCAAUCACCGAAACGUUACAAAGUGAUAUUAUAUACUUUUCUUGAUCAAUUAUAACAAUCAUUAAUUACUCAAUUUUUCAUUAUCAUUAUCAUUCGGUUGGAUUAUUUCACGCACAACUAGUCUUUAGAUCGGGAAAAACUUUAUUCAUAUUGUCACAAUUGUUUCCUACAUUUAUUUUCUCUUGUUCCACUGAUGUGUGAUUUACUAUCCCAACCACAGCAACAACAACAACAACAAAGACAACAAACAACAGGACAAAAAUUAUCGACUCGACAAUUAAACAAAAAUCAACAUCAUUUAUCAAUCAUAGAUACUAAUAGUAAUAGUAGUAGUAGUAGUAAUAAUAAUACUACUAUUAGUAAUAAUACUGGUACUUCUGCAGAAAUGUCGUCAAAUUUAUGUACAAAUUCAAAUCGUUUCAAUAAUUCAAUUAGUAAUGGUAGUCGUUCAUCAAAAUUGAAACAACAACAACAACAAAAUACACAAAGACCUGACAUCAAUUCUUUAGUUGAUGAUGAUAAUACUACUGAUAGUAUUGGUAGUAAUAACAGUAGUAGUAUAAAGCAUACAUCAUGGUCACCUAGUGAAAUUUCCAAUAAUACUAAUAAUAAUAAUAAUAACAGCCGGGGAAAUUCUUCUUUAAAAGAUCAAAAUCAUAUUUCUAUAAAUGGGGAUUUACAACAACAACAACAACAAGGAAUAUGUUCAACGAAAAAUGAAACAUUAAAUUCAUUAUCAGAUAUAAAUAGUCAAUGUUCAAUCAAUGAACAAAGAUCUAAAACAUCCAUUAGUUUUGAUAGCAUACAAUUAACACAUAGUAACCAUUCAAAUUCGAUUAAACAUGAUCAUUGUUCAUUGACUUCAUCAAAAUCACCACCAUUAUCUCCAUCCAAUUCGUCGUCGUCAUCUUCAUCAUCAUCAAAUCAUAGUCUUUCAUUUAGAAAUAAUGAAAAUUCUCAAUGGAACAACAAUCAUAACAUUGGUAAGGAUGUUAAUACCAUUGAUUCUUUUAAUGCCAAAUCUCAAAUAGACAUGACUGCCAAAUCAAAUUCACCAACUGAAGAUAAUUCAUAUCAUGUUAAAUUAUCAAGAUACGGUCAUCAACAGAACCGACGUCAGUCGAAUAAAUCCAAUAUAUCAUCAUAUUGUAUAUCAUCAGAUCAGGAAAUGAAUUAUGAUGAAGAAUGUCAAAAAAGGCAACCAUUAGGCAAAGACUUAGAUGUAGAAGAGAAAAAGCAUGAUGAGGAUGAAGAAGAGGAGAGAGAAGGUGUUGAAUAUAAAAAUGAUUGUAUCGAUGGUGGUAAUGCUAAUGGUGAUGUAGACGAUGUUGACGGUGUUAAUCAUGUAGAUCGGAAUAUUACUAAUGCUGAUAAUAACGAUGAUGAUGCUGAUGAUGAUGACGAUGAUAAUGAUGGUGACAAUGAUAAUUCCUAUUUAAUUGAUCAACAAACUAACCAUCAUUAUUCAACAUCAUUUCCGACAUUGACUUCAGAUAGUUUAAGUAAUUGUAUAUCACCAAUGUUAGCUGCUGCCGCAAUGGCUGCGUUAACCACUGGUUGUUUUCCAACAUCAUGUAAUCAAUUAAGUCAAUUAAAUUAUUCAUUAUUGUCUAAAUCUUAUGGAAUAUCUCAAUUAUCACCACCACCAACUCCAUUGCAUCCACAUCUACCACCGCCACUAACAUUACAACCUCCUGUACUACCUUCAUCAUCAUCGUCAUCGUCGGCAUAUACUCAACGUUUACACAUGACAAAACAGCAACAACAACAACAACUGGCAUUUUUAAAUUCAACACCGAACAGAAAUUCAAAAGUCAACGAUACUCAUCAUUCUCACUCUCAUCAUCACCACCAACAUAAUAAUGGUAAUAGUCUAUCAUCAUUAGGUUGUAAUUCUUCACCUCCAAUUCAUUCGAUUCAUUCAAACAAUGACAAUUAUAAUACAAUUACUAAUAGUAAAGGUAAUUAUGCAUCUACAUCACCACCACCCCAACUUUCAUCGAGGUCGAAUAGUCCACAUCAGCUGUUGAAUAAUCGUUUAGUUUCAUCAAAUAAUUUAACUUAUUUGUCAUCAAUGGAUGAUGUUGAUGAAGAGAAUGAUGAAAUGGAUAGUGAUGAAGUUGAAGAAGAAAUAGAAGGGGAAGAAAUGGAUAAUUCUUCAACUCAUGGAAAUAAUCAUCAAUGGACAUUUGAAGAACAGUUUAAACAAUUAUACGUUAUUUCAGAUGAUCCAAAAAGAAAAGAAUUUCUCGAUGAACUCUUUGUUUAUAUGCAACGAAGGGGUACACCAGUUAAUCGAAUACCAAUUAUGGCUAAACAAGUUUUGGAUUUAUAUGAACUAUUUCAAUUAGUUGUUGCACGUGGUGGUUUAGUUGAAGUGAUUAAUAAAAAAUUAUGGCGUGAAAUAACUAAAGGUUUAAAUUUACCAUCAUCAAUUACAAGUGCUGCAUUUACAUUGAGAACACAAUAUAUGAAAUAUUUAUACCCAUAUGAGUGUGAAACACUUGGAUUAAGUUCACCGAAUGAAUUACAAGCUGCAAUUGAUGGUAAUCGACGUGAAGCUAGACGUAGUUCCUAUACAUUUGAUUAUCCUAUGAUGAAUCCACCAAAUACAUCACGUUCCACUUCACCAGUUAGUACAAAAUCAGCAAAUCCACAAACAACAACGACCAACACUUCUACUACGAUGACAGCAUCGAACACCAUACCGAAUUCACCAUCUCCAUUAAAUGUAAAUCCUUCAUUAUCUAAUUCCAUUGUAUAUCCUAAUUCAUUAGGAUUUCCUAAUGGAACUAAUCCUGAUGUAAAUCAAUUACUAUCCAAUAUUUCAACAGGUUCAACACCAUUUUGCACGAAUAAUGUAGGAUUUAAUACCCAAUUUGGGCAAUUCAAUCCAUUUCUUACCAUACCAACAGGAUCAUUACCUGCGAAUGGAUUAGGACUUCAACCAUCAUCUACAAUCUCAUCAUCUUCAACAGUAUCAGUAUCAGCGACAGUACCUUCCAAUCAAAUCGGCAAUAGUCCAGUGAAUUUAUUCCCAUCUCAUUUACUACCAUCAAUGAUAUCUGCUCCAAAUUUUUCCAUAAUUGGAUCACAUUUUCAAGGUUUCAAUACAUCAUUAAAUAAUUCAGAUGAUCCAUUCAUAACGUCUUCAUCACCAUCGUCAUCUAUACAAUCAGGAACUAUUUUACCUGGUAUACCAAAUAAUUUUACUGAUCCUAAUGCUAUGGCAGCAGCAGCUGCAGCAGCGGCGACGUUGUUUGGUGCAGGAUUUCCGACACUUCCUGGAGCUUUUACAGCUACACCACCAUCGUUGCCACUGUCAUUACAGACAACAAUAUCAAUGAAUACAUCACCAAUAACAACAACAACGACAACAUUAAACAAUUCAUAUCUUGUAAAUAAUUCAUCAUUAUUAAACCAAUCAGAUGGAUGUCUUAAAUUUCCCAUAUUAAAUAAUCUGCGUAAUCAAGCGAAUCAUUCAAAUCCCAAUAAUCUAUUGAUCGAUACAAAUGAAAGUAAUACAUCUAGUGGAUUGAGGUCUAAGAGUAAAUUAACCCUACAUGAUAAUGAUGAUUGUCAAUUCACUUCAAGUUUACCAUUAAAUCUAACGGCAAAUGAAACUAACCUAAUCAACUUAGAUGAGAAAGGUACUCCAUAUAUAGAUAGCGAUUCCAGAUCCUCACUUAUGCCGUUAGAUCAUGAAAAGUUGAAUAAUAAAUUGCAAUAUUAUAAUAAUGAUGAAAAUGAAUUAAUGGCUUUGCAUUCAGAUGAUCGAUAUAUUCAAAAAGAUGGUAAAGAUAAUCUAUUGAACAAUUUCAAUGAAACUGAUCGAAAAGUAAGUAAUCUUCGUCGUCAUCGUCAUAAAGACACUACUGCCGCUGAUGAUGAUGACGACAAUCAUAACAGCGAUGGGGAUGAUGAUGAUGUUGAUGAUGAUAAUGAUGACGACUGUCCUGGUAUUCAUAAUGAAAACAUAGAAUUAAGAUGUAGAUCGAAUUCAUCAGUUGAAGUGAAUAAACGUGAACUCAUUGGAACAAAUAAUACUAUUAGUAAUAAUAAUAAUCGAAUACAACAAACAAGCUUCACAUUUGAAAAUGAGGAUUCAAAUAUUAAAACAGCUGCACAGAUGGCAUGUCAACAGUUAUGGGCUGCUGCCGCUGCCGCAGCGGCUGGUUUACAUUGUGGUGGCAUAAAAACAUCCGAGACAAACAAUUACGGAGUAUUAACGGGAAAUUUAAAUGGACCACUAAAAUCUAGUCAAUUAUCUCAACAAGUUGAAAGUUCCAAUAACAUAACCACUACUACCAAUAAUAAUAACAGUAACAAUAGCAAACAAACACAACAAUUUCCAUCCUCCAAAUCAUCUUCUUAUUCUUCAAACAAAAAGACUAAUUCUCGUACACCAAGUCAUUUGGAUACACCAAAUGCAAAAAUCCCUAAACUAUCAUCCAGUAAUCAGAUGAAUAGUAGUAGUAGUAGCGGGAACAAUUCCAAUGAAAUUGGUGGAAAACAAUCUAAUAAUGGAUCAAAUUUAUCGAAGAAGUCAUCUGAUUUACGCAAACAAAAUGAAGCUAUUACAAUGUCAGCAAAUCUCCAUUUUAAUAAUAACAGUACAUCAACAGGAGUGAAUAAUAGUUUAUCAGCAGCUCAGUUGUCAAUGGCAACACAGAAUUUCCGAAUUCAAACACAACCUGGUGCUCCAAUGGGACUACCACAAAAUGCUAUAGUUGUUACAAUGGAAAUGGGAAAUAUAUUAUAUCAAGGAGUAUUAUUUGGACAAUUAAAACGAUAAUUUGUGAUAGGCAUUAGAAUUCAUUCAAUUCCCUGUAUUGUAUUGUUUUAUUUUUUGUUUUGUUUUUAAUCUUUCUUCUACUGACUCCUCUUCCCCAAAUUGAUCCUUCAUUACUUCUUAUUACUUUCCCAUACAUUGAAUCAAGUUGAAAAAAUCAAAAAAAAUUAGAAAAAAACUGAUAAUCAUCACUAUAAUGAAAAUACGAAAACAACAUGGAAUCCAACUUUUUUUCCAUUUUCUAUAAUACUAAUAUUAUUACCAUUUGCUAACUAAUUUCAUAUAGGCUAGCUGUAUUAUUUUGUUUAGCUAGUUUAAUUGCCCGUUGUUGUACAUAUAAUUUAUACAUAAUAUCAAAUAAAUAUAAGUUUAUACUUAGUUAUAUAAAACCGA